AUGGCCUCCCACGCGUUUGAUGACUUGGAUGCGUUCUUCGAUUUUGAUCAGUUGGAGCAUGACCAUGGAAUUCGCACUGUGACUACACCUUGCCAACAACAUGAUGACCCCUCUGUUCAUCCAGGCCAGGUCCUGUCUAUGGAUUGGGUUGCGGAUGCGCCCCAUGUUCUAGCGUCACCUGACUUCCAUACGCACAAUUUCAUCCAAAAGGCCAGCUAUCCUCAGACUUGUUCGUACGAAAUCAGACAUGAUGGAGAUGCUGGCACGUAUCCCCUUCCGCGCCCAGACUAUGAAGACGCGUCUGCUAGUCAGGACGCCACAUCUGAUCAAAACCCUCGCCCGUAUAUCGCGCCUUCAUCAUCAUCUCAGAUGCACUCACCCGGGCUCGGGAGCCCAGGCCGGGACAUCGCUGCUGAUUUGCAUGACGAAAAGGACCUUGUUCUACAUCCGACGCCAACAGCUAUACCGCUCCGGCAAGCUUCAACCGCCAGUUGGAAGCCUGCAUCAGCCAAGCGCAAAGGGGCCCAGAGCCGCAUCCCUUUGGAGGCUAGACAAAUUCUUGAGGACGAAUUCGCUGCGAAUCCUUAUCCAUGUUCGUGGGAGAUUGACAUCAUUGCCCACCAAGCCAACCUCGACGUGAAGAAAGUUCGUAAUUGGUUCAACAACACGAGAGCGAGAAAGAAGGGUGGUGAUGUUGACACACUUCAGCAAGAGCAUGUCGAUGCAGUCGGGUGCUUGUUGGGAGCAAGGCUAUCCAGAGACAGCCUGGGUGCACUCGAACAACAAGGCGCCGAAGACGUUCAGCCACCUCAGCCGUUGGCCGUUUAUCUUGCACAAUCAUAUCAAGAAGAGGCCGUUCAGCUUCCGGAUGUACAAGCGGCUCUCGAAACCGACACCCUAAGCGGCAGCGCAGACUUUCACGACGCCUGGUUGGGGAUGCCUCGAGGCCGCACUGGCUCUAUCAUUACUUCCGUAGAUUCUUCUGAUGGCACAGCUCCGACAAGCUUCACGGUUUCUUCAAGUGGGAGUCGCAGCAACAUCUCCUCUUUUGGUCGUGACCGGAGACGUGGUCGACGCCGGAUGGCAUGGAAAGAAUCGCCACACAACAACCGUGCGAAGUUCAAUGGGGUCAACAGUUCUGGCGAGCCACAAAAGGAUCUUGCUUUCUUCUGUACCUUCUGUCCACGAGCGUUCAAAACCAAAUACGAGUGGGUCAGGCACGAAGACUCUGUACAUGCACUCAGAACAACAUGGAUCUGUUGCGAUACGAAGGCUCCGUUUCUCCAGACGUGUCCAUUCUGUGGCCACAUGCAUCCUGAUGAUGCUCACAUGGCAGGACACAAAUAUCAACAAUGCUCGAACAAGCCAGAGUCUCAGCGGACGUUCUAUCGCCGAGAUCAUUUUAUUCAACACCUUCACCACAUUCAUUUCGCGAAUGCAAAACACCCUUCCGUCCGUGUUGGCUGUCAAGCGCGACUCAUGGCAACAGAGGGUCACAACUUUGGGUGCAAGGACCUGGCUAUGAGAUGGCGACGGUUCGGAGCUCCCAUGAAGCGAGACGACCCAAUGCUUCACUGUGGUAUGUGUGGUAAAAGGUCGAAAGACUGGUCUGAGCGUUGUGAGCAUGUCGCGCAACACCUCGUCGCUCGCGAGCACGAUCGCUCUGCCUGGUGGCCCGAGCGGAAAGAGAAUCACCUGGAAAACCUCUACUCAGCUUCGCCAUUUGAGUCGUUUCGUUGCCGCUAUUGCCUGAAAGUAUUCACGGAUGUCAAAGAGAUGAAUGCGCAUAGUCAUUGUAAGGUCUGGAGCUGUCGUUUCCUCAGAACCUUCGACGACGUUACUGCGAACAAUGCAGGCCCGCCACUCUGUUCAGACUUUCCCUCUGCAAAGGCCCAUCACUGUCAUUUAUGCGGUGCAGGAUAUCGUACGCCACAUGCCGAGCACGCGCAAAAUUAUCAUCGACAUCGUUCGUGCAAUCAGGAAUUUUACACGUCUGAGGACGCCUUCUUAGCACAUCUACACAACUUCCAUAACGCAUUACACCCGGCGCUGCUACAUGGGAGCUCAGUCAUCGAACAGAAUUUCCUUCGCAACAAGGGAGCCUCAUUCGAACCUGUCGAAUUUAAUGAAAGUUGGCAGCCAUGCCUGAUGGAUCUCGAUGAUGCUCCGAUAGGAUUUGCUGUUGACAAAGCCUCGACUCCGCCAAGCAUUGCGAAAAAAGGCAACGGACAUAUCAAGAAGCCAACACCUGUGCGCCAGAAGAUACGACAUGAUCUUCAACGAAGUCCUAUAGCGACUAUCAAGGCGCAACGGCAACGUUCAGAAACCAACACAUCAGGAAGUGAUUCCCACAGUCCUAGAUUCCUCCGUCUCAGUACUUUCGUGCCGUUUUGGUCGUCUCGCAUCUUUUAUUCACGUAGCAAUCGGCCUUAUCUCGUACCGAAGGAUAAUACCACUGUGCUGGAAGAAAUUCAGAAGCCUCAUGUUGCUUCCCUGGUCAUGAGCUCCGGUCUAGUGGGCAUGGCACUGACACGCUGGCUAAUCAAGCCUCAACAUUGUUCCUUAAGCGGGAUGACUGAGCUCAUAAUCAGCGAGGAUAACCGCGAAUCAUGA